AUGUGUUAAUAUUAAGCUUUUCGAAUUUCUGUGCAAGAAUUACAUUUGCUGACUAGAUCAGUAGUUUUUGAUCCAGCGUUCAAAUGUUUUAUUUAUUCCAAAAUUUUAAGUGUGUUCUUUAAGAAUUUGACCUUUUUAACCAUGGAAGAAAUGAGGUAUCGGUUGCGCAACUUGUUUCGACAAAACAAAAAGCGAGCCCGACCCAGCACUUCAUCAUCCGAAGAAGAUAAUGGCAAAGCCAAGAAGGAGGACGAAAGCGAGGAUGAUUCCGGCAAGGAGAUUGAGGCUGAGAUAAUACCCUCACCACUGGCGGAGGGCGAAAUGCCCACCUACUUCCAUGUGGGUGUCCUGGCCAAGGAGUGCCUCCUCACUGGCUUUAAACUAGGAGCCUGGCAGCUUCAGUGCCUCACGAAGUCGAACCAGGACAUUUAUAUAAGCACUUUCGGAGAAGGUUAUCCCACCUUGAGCUCUAUCUUCGGAGGUGUGGAUCUGUUCAAGGAGUUUGGCAACUUCAGUGUAUCCUUGGGUUGGUUAACCAACAAUGAAAUGUUGUCGGAAAUGGCAGUGCGUGGCAGUCAGUGGUAUGCACUCCUUAAGUCGACAUUUGGCAAAAAAGAUGGAAUAACACUUUCAACCAAGCUGAAAUGUGGAUUUGAGCGAAAUCCUGUGAAAGUGGAACUAGUUGUGCCGCUCUACAAAGAACCCCUUUUUCUGGGUUAUGUUCUUGUUGCUCCAGUAGAGAAUUGGGUUUUAGGAUAUCGGACAGUUUACAAUAUGGAUAACAAAGGUUUUGAUAAGCACGCUUUCUGCUUGGGCUUUAGCAACGGAAGUACAGAAUUGGGACUUAAACUUGAAAAUUUCGAGGACCUAAGAGGAUCAAUCUUUCAACGGAUUGGAGAAAGCUGGGCCGUUGCUUUAAAAUCGAACCUCUAUAGUUCGAAUAAUGUGAAACAACUUGCUGUUGGUGUUCAGUACGAUUUCCAGAAUGGAACGCUGCUAAAAGCCAAAGUGCGAGAGGAUUCCAGAAUAGGAUUUGUUUAUCAAACAAAAAUCGGUAAGAAUAUUGAGGUCAUGUAUCACCUGGCGUUCGAUGGAAACGAUCCAAUAAAAGGCGCUCAUAGGAUUGGAGCUUCAUGGGACUUUUACUAUUAAAAAGUUUAUGUAAUAAAAUUUACGAAUAAUUUAAUUCCAAAUUUUAAUAUUAGUAAAAUGUUUUAAAGUUCUUGUUUGUAAUAAGUCUAACUCAAAAAUUAA